UAAAGUUGGUAGACCUUCAUCAUGAAGAAGUGAGAGCAAGAAUGCAGCAGACAGAGACAAAAAGUAAAUAAAACAUGGCUGUUUAGUCUGAUUGUGGAUAUUUUUCAUCUUUUUUAGGCUGUCAAAAAAAUCGGGAGGAUGCCUCAAAUGGCGUGUCCAGUGUGCACACUCUUCCUGCGGGAGGGGAUGUCGCUCAGCAAGCAUCUCCACACACACCCCAAGGCAAAGGUGGUUGAGGCUCUGGCCCGGAUAACAACCAAAAAUGUCAUCGCUGCUGACUCACCACUUUUGGCUGUCGAAAUGGCGCCUGCACCACCACCGCCUCCGCCUCCGCCGCCCCCUCCACAACUCACCUCCAUACUCUACCACCAGCAGUUCUUGAGCAGCACCACCACCAGUUUUGUGGACCCCAGCUGUCUACCUCCUCCGCCGCAGCUCAUCAUGAUGACACCAGCGCCUACCAGGCUGUCAGAACCUUCACAGUUUGGUACCAGGGUCACAGAAGCUCCACAAUUUAGUACCAGGCUGCCAGAACCUACACAACAGUUUGCUACCAGGGUCACAGAAGGUCAACAGUUUGCUACCAGGCUGCCAGAACCUCCACAGUUUGCUACCAGGGUCGCAGAAUUUGCUGCCCCACCAACACCCUUGGGUAUCAGUCUCUUCAAUUCCUACCAACAAACCCCCACCACACAAGCACAUCAAACGGGUGCUUCCAAUCAUGGUCAGAAUAAUGGCAAUGCAGAAGGAGGUCAAGUUGCCAACCAACGUAACUUUCAGUAUCCACAGUUGGAAAACUUAAACUUCCAACAACAUGCUGCUAAUGAUGUGGCAAGAAAUACUGAACUGACUUAUAGAAAUGAGGAGGAGGUGGAACGUCAAGUGAUGAAUAUUGGAACAGUGAUAACUGACAGUCAGAAAAUCAUUUCCAAUAGUUCAAUGUAUCUGGACCAGACCAGUCCACCUAGAGCAGAGCCAGUUUAUCUACAAAAUAAGUCUCCUGGUAGAACAGUUUAUGGCCAAAACAAAUCUCCCAGUAACUCAGUGUAUGUACAAACAAGUAAUGCUCCUGUAAUGAGUAGUCCGUUUUAUGUACAAACAAUCAAUACCCCUGGUAGUAGACCUGUUUAUAAUACACCAAUAUAUGCCCAAAAUGAGCCACAGUAUCACAACGAUGCUCCUGGUAGUUCAAUACAUAGGGAAAGAAAUUCGUCCAACAGUAGUUCUAUAUAUGGGGAACAAAAUGCUCCUGGUAGUCCGAUGUGUAGGGCAGAAAGUGCGCCUGGUAGGAGCUACCAGGGAGGAAGUACGCCUGGUAGGAGUUACCAGGGAGGAAGUACGCCUGGUAGGAGCUACCAGGAGGCAAGUACGCCUGGUAGCCCGGUGUUUGCGGACAAAUGUGAUGCAGAAGUGUCGCAACAUCUACCUCCCCACUCUCCAGCAUCUAGUGGGUAUUCAGUGCGGGUCCGCCGUGACCUGGGUACGCCUGCUAGGAGUCCGCUGCGGCAUGACGAGUACAUUUUGCCAGGAUAUGACUUCCAUCGUGACGAUGAUGAUGAUGAUAAUAGCGAGCUGGUGGAUGAUUCGGGAUUGAGUAUGCCGCCCCUGAAUAUCCACACUGAUGAGUCGAUGCCGCCCAGGGGCGAGUUGUCAGGACAUGGCACCACUAGUAGCAGCUCUAUUUGGCAGACCCGCGGGCUAGACCUCCAGCAACCGUCGACGACUAGAAAGCCUACCUCGACAGCGUCCACCACUUCCACCACCGACGACCACCUCACACCCUGGGGACACGCGGAUGCCCACGAGGCGAUGGAGAGUGGAGGCCUCCACAUCCACCCAGACAGCAGCCAGGAAGCCAUCUCGGUCAUUCGAGAGUCCCAACACAGUCUCAUUCAGUUCUCGACCAACGCUGGCGUUUUGGGUACAGCCACGGCCGAACCGUUCAACAGUGUGUGUUUCAAGAAGGAGAAGAAAGUCAAGGAGGAGGCUGGGCCAACGAUUAAAGUGGAUGAUAUAAAGGAGGAUACGGAUCGUAAGGAGGUUGUAGUGAAACGUAGGGUACGGACUUGUGCGACGUGUGAUCAGACCUUCCCCAACGCCGAGGAGUUUAACAACCAUAUAAAACGUGUUCACCCGUUUGAGUGUAAGGCAUGCGGUAGGUGUUUCAUGCGCGCUUCGGGGUUGACGCUGCACCAGAAACGCCAUCUCAAGAUCAAGCCCUAUCGGUGUAGUUACUGUGAGAAAUCGUUUGUUACCAACCAGAAACUGACGGAACACCAUAAUUCGCACACUGGAAAUUCCCCCCAUAAAUGUAGCCUAUGUGAGGCAACGUUUAAACGCUACUCGAAUCUGGUCCAGCAUAGGAACAGGACUCACCUUAAGAAGAAACGGAAGGCUAAGGAUUAUUUUUGUGAUUGUGGUGAGGUUUUUCAUUCGCCUCUGAAACUGGCCUGGCAUAAGGAGAAACACGACCCGACCCCGAAGAAGUGCACGUUCUGUAGUUCCAGGUUUAUUCAUGUAGCCAGCUUGACUAGACAUAUUAGGAAAGCGCAUGACCCACGUUAUAUCCCGGAGGGACGCAAGUAUAAACUGAGGGGCUUCAGUGAGAACGUGGAGUGUCAUAUAUGUCACAAAAUCUGUCUGAAAGGAUCCUUAAGGAACCACAUGGUGGUUCACAGCGGUGUGAAGAAGUACGCGUGUAGUUCUUGCGGAAAAAGGUUUUUCUCGAAAUGGAACAUGAAGUUGCACAUGUGGGUGCAUGCGUCACGUAGUUCUAUGCCACAUAAGUGCACUGUGAAAUCUUGUAAAGCGUCGUUUAUUAGAGAGAAUGACCUGCAGGACCAUAUGAGGGCUCAUAAGAACCAGAAACAGUAUUCGUGUAACUACUGCGGGAGACAGUUCUUGAGGAAGUAUAACUGGGUGAGGCACACUAGGGAGCACGAACAGAACAAGAAGCAUGAGUGUACCGUUUGUGGAAAGAAGUUUCAUCGCGGGUAUUACCUCACGGAACAUAUGAGGAUACAUACCGGGUUUAGGCCGUUCACUUGUCACAUAUGUUCCAAGCAGACGGCAACGAAAACUAAUCAUAACAAGCAUUUGAAAACGCAUCAUGCCAGGGAGAUAAUUGCUAGUGAAAAUUAGGUAAGCUAGUUUUUCAAAUUUUAUCUUUAGUGAGGUCUACGUUAGAAUGGCUGUGAAUGAAGAUAGGAGAACAAUGUUGCCGAUUGUCUGUCUUAAAAAAGUAUUCAAUUUAUUCACAACACACAUAAAUGCAA